AGUCCCUGGUUCCAUCCCUGCCCCGCCGGUGGCUUCUUCCCCGUCUGCGCCUGAACGAUGGUGGCUAACCAAAGAAGGAGACACCACUACAAAAGUUCGCUCAGAGCUGCAACUAGAAGGAAAAAAUCAAGAAACAAUUCACUCCAUGAUCUACCAGAGUGGUCUCCCUACAACGUUGCCUUGUCUGGAGGAGUUAUACAUGGAUGUGCGAUUAAAAGCAGAGGCACCAGAGUAUGCGAUAAGCCAAGUCAAGUUUAAUUAUUUAAGACAUGUGAACUGCACGGUGUAUAUAUCUGGGCAUCCAAAUAAUACAGGAGGAAUACUUGGGUUAGCUUCUAUUUUGAAGGUUGCUCCCGUUCUUGAGAAAUUGGAUUUGCAUAUGGAUGCUGGUAUGUAUCCAUAUUACAUUUUUGAACCGAUUGGAGAUCCUCCCUCGAGCCCUCACAAUCAUUUAAAGGUCGUGCGCGCAACAGGAUUUAUUGGUUUUGAGGGUCAAAUCCGGCUUGCCCUCUAUAUUCUCCAGAAUACAAGGUCGCUCCAAUCGAUGACGAUCGACCCACUGAGUCUUCGUCAUGCUAGAUCAAGGGAAGACGUGAAGAAUUCAAUUUAUGUCCAGAUUGGUCGAGAGAUUGUUCAUAAGUUUCUCGACCUUGAGAAAUACCGUGAUGUGUUAACUAUAUUAUGAUUGUAACCAUAAGCCAGGCUAGCUAGC